CAUCUUGGAAUAUAUGUACAUGCCUUUGAUUCGUUUCCAUCUCAGACUCCAUCAUGCAGAUGUUCAUCUCCUCUGUACUAUCGGCCCUCGAGACCCUAUUGAAGGGCCUAGCUUGGUUGCUACGGGAAGUAAUCUUCAUAAUCUUUGGCAGGGGAGAGUCCCCGCCACCGCCACCGCAUCCGUCGACCAAAUACCCUUCCGCCCAAGGGUCAAUUUAUCAUCUGUACCCACCACCGCCACCGCAUCCAUCGACCAAAUACUCUCAAUCCCCUUCUGCCCAUCAAUCAUCUUCGCAGCAGCAAGGAUCAACUUAUCAUCUGUACCCACCACCGCCACCGCAUCCGUCGACCAAAUACUCUCAAUCCCCUUCCGCCCAUCAAUCACCUUUGCAGCAGCAAGGAUCAACUUAUCGUCUGUACCCGCCACCGCCAUCGCAUCCAGCGAUCAGAUACUCUCAAUACUUUUCCGCCCAUCUUCCACAAUACAUACCCUAUAGGCCUUAUCGCCAACAGAGCGUACAAUUCCCUGCACAGCUCACACCCCCCGUAUCUCCUGAUGUGGCUCCAGUGACUGAGCCUCUCCGAAGUUACAUCCCUCAGGACACGCCCUUUCAGCCUUAUCGCCAACAGAGCAUACAAUUUCCUGCACAACCCACACUCCCCGUAUCUCUUGAUGUUACUGCGGUGACCGAGCCUAUCCGAAGUGACACCCCCCAGGCCUGUCUACUUACCUCUUCAAAAUACUCACAACCUCCUUCCGCCCAUCGAUCUCCUUCACAGUACACACCCUUUCAGCCUUAUUGCCAGCAAAGCGUACAAUUUCCUGCACAACUCUCGCCUCCCGUAUCUCCUGAUGUUGCUCUGGUGAUCGAGCCUGUCCAAAGUGACACCCCCCAGCAAUCACGUCGUUUUUCUGGACCCGAAUUGGUUACAAGAGCACCAGAGGUUGUUGUGACGCCCAUUGUGAUUGACCCCUACGAAGAUCCCGGUUCCCUUCGUCUCAAAGCUAGAAGUGAAGGGAGUCGCAUGGAGGAAUGUUUCAAGCAGAGCCGCGAAGCGUUCGCUCGUAACGAGCGAGCGCUCGCUAAACAGCUUUCCCUGAGGGGUGAGGCGUACAAAGCCAACAUGGUGCGCUUAGAUAAGGAAGCCAGUACAAAGAUAUUUCAAGAGCAUAAUCAAAGACACAGGUCGAACACGAUUGAUCUCCAUGGUCUCUUUGUCUCAGAAGCCAAGGUGUACUUCGACGACGCUGUUCAAGAGGUUCGGGACCGUGGAGAAUCGUUACUUCGUGUGAUUGUAGGAAGGGGAAAUCAUUCCGAAAAUAACAUCGCCAGGAUCAAACCUGCAAUCCAAGAAUAUGGGCAAAGUUUGGGUCUGGGCAUUGAAGUGGAUCCUCUCAAUAAUGGCUGCCUUGUUGUGAGUCUUGAUCCCAGCUAACUUUAACGGCAAUU